UGACAGUGCUGACUCCAACAGAAUGUCUUUUAAUUGUGACAUCAUCAGAUUGUUACAGUGUGAUGUCAUUUGUUUAAAUUGUGACAUCACUGCCUCUCUUGAAAAUCCAGUUAUAUUUAUUUUCAAAAUGCCACCUGACAAAAGAGCUAGCUUGGUAGCUUUACAAUCAAGAAAAAGUAUUUGUGGAACAUCACAAUCUAAGAUAGGCAGUUAUUUGAGUAAAGAGGGCAUUUUGAGCAAUUUUAGAAUUGGAAGCAGUGAGACAUUUUCAGACAGCAAGAGUUUUGGAUCACUUUCUAAUAUUAGUGAAUUUGCCAUCUACAGACUGCAUUGUCAUGCCACCAAAGAGAAGGCAGGUGUGGACAAGAAAGCCAGGAGGAAGCUGAUUAUCGCCAGCACACUGUGUCUGCUCUUCAUGGUGGGAGAAAUCGUGGGUGGGGUACUUGCUGGGAGUUUAGCCAUCAUCUCUGAUGCAGCCCAUUUACUGACAGACUUUGCUAGUUUUAUGAUCAGUCUGCUAGCAAUAAUGCUGGCCACUAGAUCCCCCUCCAAGAGGUUCAGCUUUGGCUGGUACAGGGCAGAAAUACUGGGGGCAUUGCUGUCGAUUCUGUUCCUGUGGAUAUUGACGGGGGUGUUGUUUUAUAUGGCUGUUAGAAGAGUGAUUCAUCAGGACUAUACGAUAAAUGCCACCAUUAUGUUGAUCACGGCAGCUUGUGGGGUGGCAUUUAACGUAAUAAUGGGUAUAUCAUUAGGACAUGGUCAUAAUCAUUCACAUCAGAAAAAGCAGAGUUCAUCACAGACAGAUAUUCAAAGUAGUCAACAGUCAUCAGUUCAAGAAAACAUUACACAUCCAUCAUAUGGAGCUAUAAAUAGCCAUUUUAAACCUGAGUGGCGAUUAGCAGACCCUAUUUGUACCUUUGUCUUCUCUCUGAUUGUUAUGGUCACUACAUUUAAAAUAUUUCUGGACAUCAUUACAGUGCUAAUGGAAGGAACACCAAGAGGUAUUGACAUCAGUUCUGUAAGAAACUCCUUCCUUAAAUUACCAGGGGUUAAAGACGUCCACGACCUCAGACUCUGGUCAUUAUCCAUGGACAAAAUUGCUCUGUCUGUUCAUUUAGCUGUGGAUUCCAACACAGAUCCUUUGAAAAUUUUAAAACUAGGUUCCGCAGUAGUGCGUAUGAAAUAUGGCAUUUCCGAGACCACGAUUCAGGUGGAGGAACAUGUAGAAGAAAUGAAUGAAUGCACGCAUUGUCAGGUCGCGAAAUAGAUUGGAGGGAGAAAGGUGCCCUGAAUA